GUCCGGCGCAUCUGGGUUUUGGGCUCCUACCGUUUGAGCAAGCGGCAAAGAGUGAUUCGGAGAGCUCGAAUGCCCACCACGGUGAUAGAGCCGCCGGUGCCGGAGGCAGAGAUGGCGAGGAGCCGGAUCCCCACAGGGCUGCUGGAAGCCUUGGGCUCGCGGAACGGGAGCCUGCUCACCUACGUGCGCCCUGGCUCCUCGCAGGCGGGGCCAGGCGCCGCAAAGGAGGAGCCAAAGCUGCAGGAAGUGGGAGGUGAUGGAAAAGGCCCCGAUGCCAGCCGAGGCUACGACGUGGAGGAGUAUGCGAAGAUUUGGCACAUGCUGCAGGAGAAGACGGAGACCUGGCCGUGUGUCCAGAAGUUCUCGAUCAUCGGGCCGGCAGGGGACGACUUCGUGGCGCAGGUGCAGGAGGCUGUGAGCUCCUCCCUGGGCGCGGAAGCGGAGAAGGUCUCUACAGUUCCCAAGCAGCGGUGGCAGUCCGUGCGCCUGGACGUGCGCUGUGCCUCUCCUGACGACUUCUGCCUGCUGCACUCCCGGCUGAAAAGCUUGCCCAACGCGCGCUUCCUCUUGUAAACUCCUGACUGCUUCGGGGCUCCCCCAACGUUCCC